CUCCGCGGCCCCGUGGUCCUCCGCAGCCAGCCUCCAUGGACUCGUUCGCCCCGCAGCAGCCGAGGCUGCCCCGCGCGCGCUUCGCUGGCACCUCUGGCCGUGGGGCGGCCUCCGUCAGCUGCAGCCGACUCCGCCAGGUUCAGAGCAUCCUGACACAGAGCAGCAAGUCUCAACCUGAUGGCAUUCUCUGCAUCCUAGGGAUUGACAGCAGGUACAAUGAAGGCUGCAGAGAGCUGGCAAAUUACCUUCUGUUUGGUUUAUACAGUCAGAACACCACUGAUUUUGAGAAAACGGGAUUUUCUGAAGAAAUUCUAGAUGAUGUGAUUAUAUUGAUUAAAUCGGAUAGUGUCCAUCUGUACUGUAACCCUGUCAACUAUCGAUACCUUUUGCCUUAUGUGGCACAUUGGAGAAACCUGCAUUUCCACUGCAUGACGGAAAAUGAGUAUGAAGAUGAGGAGGCAGCAGAAGAAUUUAAGAUUUCCAGCUUUGUGGACAUGGUUCGAGACUGCAGUAGAAUUGGUAUUCCUUACAGCUCUCAAGGUGAGUAUCUGACACAAUUGCAGGAUGUAAGUUUGAGUCUGUGGAAUGUCUACAGCAAGAUGGACCCUAUGUCUCUGGAGAAUAUGCUUUCAGAGGACUUGGUGGUGUUUGAGCAUCAGUGGACAAGCUUCUUUGCUAAUUUUGACACAGAAAUCCCUUUCCUGCUGGAACUUUCAGAAUCUCAGGCGGGUGAGCCGUUCAGAAGCUACUUCAGUCACGGAAUGAUCUCCAGCCACAUUACUGAAAACAGUCCUCAUCGACAGCCAUUUGUCCUCUUCGGUAACCACUCGACACGAGACAACCUGACGGCUGGCAGCUUUAACUUCCCUUCUGAGGGCCACCUGGUGCGCAACACCGGUCCUGCGGGGAGCUUUGCCAAGCACAUGGUCGCCCAGUGUGUCUCACCAAAGGGGCCUCUGGCGUGUUCAAGGACGUACUUUUUUGGUGCUACUCAUGUUCCGUACUUGGGUGACGAAGACAAGCUGCCCAGGACAACUGAACAAAUUAGGCUCUUAUCCCAGAUAUAUGCUGCUGUUAUUGAGGCUGUUUUGGCUGCCAUUGCAUGUUAUGCUAAAACUUGCAGUCUGGCAAAGGCCAAGGAGGUAGCAGAGCAUACUCUGGAAUCUGAGCUAGCAUUCACUGAAUUGGUUUCAUUCAAAGCAGAUAUACGCUCCAAGGUGGCUUUUCAUAUUCAUGCUGUGAAUAACCAGGGAAGCUGCUUCUCCCUGACACAGGCUUGUAUGACUGUCUAUGACAUUCCCGACUUGCUGGGAGGAGGAGGAGGAUGCUUAGGAUCUGUGGUCUUCUCAGAGUCAUUUUUGACAUCUCGGAUCCUGGUUAAAGAAAAGGGUGGCACUAUUACCCCAGAAACCAGCUACAUUGUCCUGACAGCCGCCAUCCCCAGAUUCUGUUCCUGGCUGGUAGAAGAAAAUGAAAUAAAAUUGUCUGAGAAAACCCUGCAAGCAACAAGGGGGGACGAGUGUUUCUUGGGCACAUUGCUAACAGGAGGAAAAGGAGCCUAUCUUUACUCCGACAGUCCACAGUCCAGGCCUGAGGAAGGGAAUGUGCAUUUCUUCUCUGGUGGCCUUCUGUUUUCUCACCGUCAUCAUGGAAGUAUCAUCAUUUCCAAGGAUCACAUGAAUUCGGUUUCCUUCUAUGAUGGGGAUUCCACCAGCAUAGUGGCCGCCCUGCUCAUCGACUUCAGAGGGUCACUACUUCCUCAUCUCCCAGUUCAGUUCCAUGGACCAAGCAAUUUUCUGAUGAUUGCUCUUUUCCCCAAGUCAAAGAUAUAUCAAGCAUUUUACUCAGAGGUCUUCUCCUCCUGGCAGCAGCAGGAUAACUCAGGGCUUUCUUUAAAAGUGGUCCAGGAAGAUGGAUUAUCUGUGGAACAAAAGAGGCUGCACUCCAGUGCACAGAAGCUCUUCAGUGCCCUGAGCCAUCCUGCGGAGGAGUGGAGCUCUCCCAAGCUGCUCUCGGCCAAACUCCCGGAGUUGGAGCGGUUUCUCCAGCAUUUUGUUCUCAGCAGUGUUGGUCAGGAGCCUGUGAUGCGGACCCAUCUUCCAGGCCUGCUGCAGCAAGCUGAAAUCAGCCCUGCUCACGGAUUAGAAAGUGACAAGGUCAUCAUCAGCAUUGUAACCGGUCUCCCUGGCUGUCACGCCAGCAAGCUCUGUGCUUUCCUGGUCACUCUGCACAAGGAGUACGGCAGAUGGAUGGUGUACCGCCAAAUCAUGGACAGCUCUGAAUGUUUCCAUGCUGCCCAUUUCCAAAAAUACCUCUCCAGUGCCCUGGAGGCCCAACAGAACCGCUCUGCCCGACAGUCGGCCUACAUCCGCAAGAAGACCAGACUGCUGGUGGUGUUACAAGGUUACACAGAUAUCAUUGACGUUGUCCAGGCCCUGCAGACUCACCCAGACCCAAAUGUCAAGUCCUACUUCAGCAUUGGUGCCGUCACAGUGUGUGUGGAGCCCCUGAGCUGCUACAUGGAGCACAGAUUUCUCUUUCCUAAAUGUCUUGACCAGUGUUCACAAGGCUUGGUGAAUAAUGUGGUGUUUACCAGUCACACGAUGGAGCAGAGGCACCCUCUCCUUGUUCAGCUGCAGACCCUCAUCAGGGCUGCCAACCCUAGUGCAGCCUUCAUUCUUGCCGAAAAUGGGAUGGUUACAAGGAAUGAAGACAUUGAACUGAUUCUCUCAGAAAACAGUUUUUCAAGUCCCCAGAUGCUACGUUCUCGAUACUUAAUGUUUCCGGGCUGGUAUGAAGGUAAAUUUGAUUCCGGAUCCGUCUUUCCACUAAUGGUUCAGAUCUGCGUGUGGUUUGACCGACCUCUAGAGAAAACCCGCUUUGUGACCAAGUGUAAAGCAAUUCAGUCUUCCAUCAAGCCAAGUCCCUUCUCUGGAAAUAUCUACCACAUCCUUGGCAAAGUGAAGUUUUCAGAUUCUGAGAAGACCAUGGAGGUCUGCCACAACACUUUGACCAAUUCCCUGAGCAUUAUGCCGGUUUUGGAGGGACCCACUCCACCCCCCAACUCAAGAAGCACACCUCAAGACAGUGGGCAGCCAGAAUGCUACCUUGUGUUCAUUGGCUGCUCCCUGAAGGAAGACAGCCUCAAAGACUGGCUACGACAGUCAGCUAAGCAGAAGCCUCAGAGGAAAGCUCUGAAAACCAGGGGAAUGCUGACCCAGCAGGAGAUCAAGAACAUCCACGUGAAACGCCACCUGGAUCCCCUUCCUGCAGGCUACUUUUACAAUGGCACCCAGUUUGUUAACUUCUUUGGGGACAAGACCGAUUUUCACCCACUCAUGGACCAGUUCAUGAAUGAUUAUGUGGAAGAGGCCAACCGGGAGAUCGAGAGGUACAACCGCGAGCUGGAGCAGCAGGAAUACCGUGACCUCUUUGAACAGAAGCCCUAAAGAAAGCUGGGCCUGUGCCCACCAGAGAUGAAUGAAUGAAUGGGUGUCCAUCUUUCCCGAGGCCCCUCCUGAAGGGGCCGUCUCUGUCCUCCCUGGCCUGUGCCAGCCAUAGUACAUGUUGUCUUUGUUCUCUCUUCUCUGCGUCCUGAAAGGCAUUGUGUGUACCACUGAGGGGGGCUGUGCACAGGAGGAGCAGCUAGCGCUGACUGCCCUGUGGUCCAGCAGCUCCGGGUGUCUGAUAAGAAUCUCCCUUGGACUGCUGAGCACCAUGGGAGGCUGAGGAGAAGGAAGCCUUUGGCUUGCACAGUAGAUCUGCUGGGAUUCAAAGGACCUCUGGUUGCCUAAGCAGUGGCCAGGCAGAGAUCCACAAUGCUUUCUGGAUGAGAGUGCUUUUGUGGGAUGAAUGGAAGCAAGAUCUGAUGCUUUCUGAGUUAAUAGCAGCAUUCCCAUGGGCCUGGUCCUAGAGCUCCCCGGUAGCAUCACUUCGGUCUCUAAUUCAGAGACAAGAGCAGGCCUGCUGCCCCAGCCCUGGCAGUGCCUCACCUCCCGGUCAAGGUGAAUAUCCUGCAACUGGUUGUCUUGGGCCCAAGGUCUAAUCAUUUGGGGGAAGGCUGUUGGUCUCUGACACCCAGCCUCCUCACCCCCGUCAUGGAAGGCAAUACAUUUCAGAAAACCUCCCCUGAAACUGUCCCUGGAUUUGUUUAGUUGUUUCCUAAGAAGCAGGAGUUUCAAGAAUUCAGAUGUCUAAAUUAGAAUCCCCUCCAGUGGUUUGUUUUGUUUUUAAGAUUGGACCAUACAGCAGAGGUAAACUAAUUUGCAUCCCAAGACUGACCUUCCCAAGGUCACUAAAGGUGAUGUCUACUAGGACUUGAGGGCCUCUGCUGCUUGGGCUAUACGUGUUUUCUGAGUUUCAUGGAUUUUUUGCAUGCCUUAGGAAGAAGCACAUAGGUAAAGCCAGCAUCGUGUUCUGUAAUGUAGAGAGGCUUUUGAGGAAGGGCCCUGGCACCGUGGGUGGAUGGAGCACAUGGGGUCAGGUGCCUGGUAACGGAGCUCUUUGUGCAAAAAGCAAAGUAAUAAUCAAGGCUUGUCAAUAAAGUAUACUUGUAUUAUGAAAAAAAUUGAAGCCAAACAAAGCAAAUUACAAGUAUCAUUGGAUAAAAAACCUUGCAUUAAGAAAAGCUCGCGAGAAAGGCACAUGCGCUCCAAUCCCAGCUCCAAAACACACUGGUGACAGGGCCCUCCUGCUGAGCUCCAGUCCGGAAGUCCCUGACUUCUGCCUGGGGUUCAGUAGCAUAGAUCUUAAGUGCAAUUGACUAAUAAGCAAUGAGUUACUAUAGCUCCCUUUAUCUUCACCAAGCUCUUUUUAAAAACUAAAAUUUGAGCUAGCAGCCUUAUAAAGGGAAAGGGGGAACCACAAAGCUAUUUCAUUUCCUUUGGGGGGCGGGGGGAACCACAGGCCAUUUCAUUUCCUGCAGGGUUACUGUGAAGUUUUCAGUGGAAGCUCUAGAUCAAGAGCUCUGGCUGCUCUGGCCUGGCAGUCUGGCUGCUGCGCAAAAGCGUUUUUAAAGAGGGGUUGGGGCCACACUAUGUGGUGAACUUGGUUUCUGACCAUUGUCCAUAGAAAUGUGCUUUCACCAGCCUGCCCCACUGCCCCAUUCCCCUUAAGAGGGAAAACUGAUUACCUCAACUUGAAUAUAAAACUGUGGUUUUGAAGAAAAGGUAGAACAUUCAGAAGUUCUUUGCCCCCAGAAGGCAAAGCUAGCUGAAGCCUCCAUAGAUAUUCCCCAGCCUACUGGGAGUCUGGAGGGCCCAGCAACCACACACUGUGAGUUCUUUGAGGACCAGCAGGGGACCAUGCUUCUCCUGCGCUGCUCCCACAGCCUGCCGUCUCUUGACUUUGACUGUGGAAUUCAGCAUCCCUUGAGUCCUUUGGGUCCAAGAGUGUGCUCUGAGGCUGUCUCCAGAGGAGAGCCAUGACACUGCUUCAGCCUCUGGUCUUGGACAUGAAUAGGAAUCAGGGAGCCAGCAGGGAUUGUAGGGAUCGGUUUCCGGGACAGGCAGAACCCUCCAGGGGCUUACAUGCAUUCUGCCCGCAUUCCUGUCAGCAGCUUCCGUUUGGAUCACCGGCGUGAGUGUGCGAGUGGUGAGGUCACUGAAGUUAUGGGUGGUUUUGUUUUAAUGUGGGACUAACUUCCCCUUCUUGACCGGAGGGAGGAAGCAAAGAUUGGAGGCAAGUUAGCCCCACCAAGCCCUCAGGCUUUUGACCUGAGGCCUGGGCACUAGCCCUGUAGGCUGUGAUCAAUACAAAUGUCCCUCCAAAUCCUGUUAGGAUUUUGGAGAAUUUUUGCACAGUAAUAAGCUCUGGUUUCUCAAAAGGGAAGAGUUCAACUCAAAGACUGUAACUGUAAGUAUUCCAGCCAUGCUGCUGACUAGUUGGAUAGCUGUACCUCAGAAAAUUAGGUGGGAAGCGGCUUUCUCAUUGUCCAUGGUCGAAUACUAAUGGAAGAGCUCGCUUACGUGCCAAAAUUCACUUUUAUACUAGUUUUUCAAUGCUUUAAUAUUUGUAACUUAAAUUUUAAAAUUCAUAUUUACAAACACUACUAUAACUUCAGUGAAACUGAAUUGUGUGAUUGAAGCUUUUUGCUUAUUAUAGUAUUUAUUACACUACUUAAUUCAGUAAAUAUAUAAAAGUAGCCUUCAAUUUAUUUUUAUAUUAUUUUACAUGUUUUUAUCUGCAGUUGUGUCUGUGAAUUUCCCUUGGAGAUUAAGAUGUAACGCUAAGGACCAAUAAACUCACUCAAUAAGUUG